CGCAUGCGCCCCGGCCUCAGCCUCGCCGCCGCGCCAUUUUGCCGGGGUUUGAAUGUGAGGCGGAGCGGCGGCGGGAGUGGGUAGUGCCGGCUACAGUCCGCGGCUGCGAUUCCCUUCUCCGUCCCCGUAUCCCCACGAGGUUCUGUAGCAAUGGAGCUCAGCGAUGCAAAUUUGCAAACGCUAACAGAAUAUUUAAAGAAAACUCUUGAUCCUGAUCCUGCCAUCAGACGUCCAGCUGAGAAGUUUCUUGAAUCUGUAGAAGGAAAUCAGAAUUACCCGCUGUUGCUUUUAACAUUACUGGAGAAGUCCCAGGAUAAUGUUAUCAAAGUGUGUGCCUCAGUAACGUUCAAGAACUAUAUUAAAAGAAACUGGAGAAUUGUUGAAGAUGAACCAAACAAGAUUUGCGAAGCCGACCGCGUAGCCAUUAAAGCCAACAUAGUGCACUUGAUGCUUAGCAGCCCAGAGCAAAUUCAGAAGCAGUUAAGUGAUGCCAUUAGCAUUAUUGGCAGAGAAGAUUUCCCUCAGAAAUGGCCUGACUUGUUGACAGAGAUGGUGAAUCGCUUUCAGAGUGGAGAUUUCCAUGUUAUUAAUGGGGUCCUUCGUACAGCACAUUCAUUAUUUAAAAGAUAUCGCCAUGAAUUUAAGUCAAACGAGUUAUGGACUGAAAUUAAACUUGUUCUGGAUGCCUUUGCUUUGCCUUUGACUAAUCUAUUUAAGGCCACCAUUGAACUCUGCAGUACCCACGCAAAUGAUGCCUCUGCCCUGAGGAUUCUUUUUUCUUCCCUGAUCCUGAUCUCAAAACUGUUCUACAGUUUAAACUUUCAGGAUCUCCCUGAAUUUUUUGAAGAUAAUAUGGAGACUUGGAUGAACAAUUUCCAUACCCUCUUGACUUUAGAUAAUAAGCUUCUACAAACUGAUGAUGAAGAGGAAGCAGGCUUGUUGGAGCUCUUGAAAUCCCAGAUUUGUGAUAAUGCUGCCCUCUAUGCACAAAAGUAUGAUGAAGAAUUUCAGCGGUACCUGCCUCGUUUUGUCACAGCCAUCUGGAAUUUACUAGUUACAACAGGUCAAGAGGUUAAAUAUGACUUGUUAGUAAGUAAUGCAAUUCAGUUUCUGGCUUCAGUUUGUGAGAGACCUCACUAUAAAAAUCUGUUUGAAGACCAGAACACGCUGACAAGUAUCUGUGAAAAGGUUAUUGUGCCUAACAUGGAAUUUAGAGCUGCUGAUGAAGAAGCCUUUGAAGAUAAUUCUGAGGAGUACAUAAGAAGAGAUUUGGAAGGAUCUGAUAUUGAUACUAGACGCAGGGCUGCUUGUGAUCUAGUACGAGGAUUAUGCAAAUUUUUUGAGGGACCCGUGACAGGAAUCUUCUCUGGUUAUGUUAAUUCCAUGCUGCAAGAAUAUGCAAAAAAUCCAUCCGUCAACUGGAAACACAAAGAUGCAGCCAUUUACCUAGUGACUUCUUUGGCAUCGAAAGCUCAAACACAGAAGCAUGGAAUUACACAAGCAAAUGAACUUGUAAACCUGACUGAGUUCUUUGUAAAUCACAUUCUCCCUGAUUUAAAAUCAGCUAAUGUGAAUGAAUUUCCUGUUCUUAAAGCUGAUGGUAUCAAAUACAUUAUGAUUUUUAGGAAUCAAGUACCAAAAGAGCAUCUUUUAGUCUCUAUUCCUCUCUUGAUUAAUCAUCUUCAAGCUGAAAGUAUAGUUGUUCAUACUUACGCAGCACAUGCUCUUGAGAGGCUGUUUACUAUGAGGGGGCCUAACAACACCACUCUCUUUACAGCUGCAGAAAUCGCACCGUUUGUUGAGAUUCUGCUAACAAACCUUUUCAAAGCUCUCACACUUCCUGGCUCUUCAGAAAAUGAAUAUAUUAUGAAAGCUAUCAUGAGAAGUUUUUCCCUCCUACAAGAAGCCAUAAUCCCCUACAUCCCUACUCUCAUCACUCAGCUUACACAGAAGCUGUUAGCUGUUAGUAAGAACCCAAGCAAACCUCACUUUAAUCAUUACAUGUUUGAAGCAAUAUGUUUAUCCAUAAGAAUAACUUGCAAAGCUAACCCAGCUGCUGUUGUGAAUUUUGAGGAGGCUUUGUUUCUGGUGUUUACUGAAAUUUUACAGAAUGAUGUACAGGAAUUUAUUCCAUAUGUCUUUCAAGUAAUGUCUUUGCUUCUGGAAACACACAAAAAUGAUAUCCCGUCUUCCUAUAUGGCCUUAUUUCCUCAUCUCCUUCAGCCAGUGCUUUGGGAAAGAACAGGAAAUAUCCCUGCUCUAGUGAGGCUUCUCCAAGCAUUCUUAGAACGUGGUUCAAAUACAAUAGCAAGUGCUGCAGCUGACAAAAUUCCUGGGUUAUUAGGUGUCUUCCAGAAGCUGAUUGCGUCCAAAGCCAAUGACCACCAAGGUUUUUAUCUUCUAAACAGUAUAAUAGAGCACAUGCCUCCUGCGUCAGUUGACCAAUACAGGAAGCAAAUCUUCAUUCUACUAUUCCAAAGACUUCAGAAUUCCAAAACAACAAAAUUUAUCAAGAGUUUCUUAGUCUUUAUUAAUUUGUAUUGCAUAAAAUAUGGGGCGCUAGCACUUCAAGAAAUAUUUGAUGGUAUACAACCAAAAAUGUUUGGAAUGGUUUUGGAAAAAAUCAUUAUUCCUGAAAUUCAGAAAGUAUCCGGAUAUGUAGAGAAAAAGAUUUGUGCGGUUGGCAUAACCAAAUUAUUAACAGAAUGUCCCCCAAUGAUGGACACUGAAUAUACCAAGCUAUGGACUCCCUUAUUACAGUCUCUGAUUGGCCUUUUUGAGUUACCUGAAGAUGAUACCAUUCCUGAUGAAGAACAUUUUAUUGACAUAGAAGAUACACCAGGAUACCAGACUGCCUUCUCUCAGUUGGCAUUUGCUGGGAAAAAAGAGCAUGAUCCUGUAGGUCAAAUGGUGAACAACCCCAAAAUUCACCUGGCACAGUCACUUCACAAAUUGUCUACUGCCUGUCCAGGAAGGGUUCCAUCCAUGGUGAGCACCAGCCUCAAUGCAGAAGCACUCCAGUAUCUCCAAGGCUACCUUCAGGAGGCCAGUGUGACACUGCUUUGAGCUGUGUUUCUUGGCUGAGCCCAGCAUGGUUUCUGAGGAGAUCACGCAGCCUUCUGAGCACAGCCGCAUUAAAACAAAGCAAGUUUUCCUUUUGAACUUGUCACAAUUCCAUCUUGUAAAGAAUAUUAAAUGUUGCUUUGAGCUGAA